UCGUAUCAUCCAUCCUGCGGCGUUGAAACAAUUUUCAUGGUUUUGCGCCAAAUAAAAUAGGCGUGUGAACCCCAAACUUAAAACCUUUUCUCUUCAAGUAACGCGUUUUUUUUCUUUCUUUUCCCCCUCUUUUCUAUCUGCAAAAUUUAGUUAUCCGUUUUUAGGGUUUUUCGAAAUCCACAACACCACGCACGAAUCCAAUACUUCAACGUCUCUAUCCCUCUGUUUCUUUAUCGCUCUGCCAUUUUUUCUUUUUGAUACAAGAUCUCUCCGUGAAUCUGAUUUGCCCAAAACGUGGUCGUUUCAAUUAGUCCCGAUUCCCCAGCAUUGUGGCUACUACUAUUUCUCUGCUCAAUUUCUUCUCCUUUAUGCUUGCAUUAGCUCAAUUUUUCGGAUUCGUUGUUUUUCAAUCGAACCUAAUCUUUUCACAUUUUUAGCUCGUUGUUAUUGAUAUUGAAGCUCGUUUCGGUCCCAAUUCUGUUAUAGGGUUUUAGUGUUCGAAAAUUGAGAUGCUACAUGGUUUGUUUUCGAUAAAAGGUUUCAAUGGGGCAUAGGGUUUUGCUGAAAUUAUAUCUGGUGAGGGGAAAGAGGUGAAGAACAUGAAUGGCGUUUUCAGCGAGCAGAUACUUGCAGACAAGCUGUCCAAGCUUAAUAACACCCAACAAUGCAUUGAAACUUUAUCACAUUGGUGUAUAUUUCACCAGAGCAAAGCUGAACUGUUUGUUGCCACUUGGAAAAAACAAUUUGACAAAUCAGAGAUGAUUCAAAGGAUCCCUCUUUUGUAUCUUGCAAAUGACAUUCUGCAGAACAGUAAGCAUAAAGGGAAUGAAUUUGUGACAGAGUUUUGGAAGGUUCUUCCUGCAGCACUUAAAGAUGUUAUCAAGAAAGGUGAUGAUCAUGGAACGCGUGUGGUAUCUAGAUUGAUUGAAAUAUGGGAGCAAAGGAGAGUAUUUGGAUCCCGGGCUAGGAACCUUAAAGAUUUGAUGCUUGGAGAAGAUGCACCUCCACCAUUGGAAUUUGGCAAAAAGCGAUCACGUUCUGUAAGAAUUGUGAAAAGGGAUUCUCACUCCAUCAAAUCGAAACUGUCCAUAGGAGGUACAGCGGAAAAAAUAGUGUCUGCAUUUCAUUUGGUGCUCAGUGAGCAAUCCGUUGAAGAUGCAGAGAUAAGUAAAUGCAAGUCUUCUGUUCAGCGUGUGAGGAAGAUGGAAAAAGAUGUUGAUACUGCAUGCUCUGUUGCCAAAGAUCCCAAGAGAAAAACUUUGGCAAAGGAACUAGAGGAGGAGGAAAAUAUUUUGAAACGAUGCGUAGAAAAACUUAAAUUAGUUGAAGCAAGUAGAGUAGCCCUUGUGUCUCAGUUAAAAGAAGCUUUGCAUGAGCAGGAAUCUGAACUAGAGAAUGUUCGUACACAGAUGCAGGUUGCCCAAGCACAAAUAGAAGAGGCUUGCAACAUGCGGAGGAUACUUGAUAAUGAAGAUUUUUCUCAGAAAGUGUCCGCUGCCAAGUCGGCUGCAGCAAUUGCUGCUGAGGUUGCAGAUAAGCUUGCAGCUUCUUCGUCAUCGCAGUUGAUCAUGACUUCUGUUCUGUCAACAUUUGCAGCAGAAGAGGCAAAAAAUGCUGGUCUAACUUCUGAGUCCACAUCAAAACACGAGAUUCCAAUGACUAGCUCAGAUCCCCAUAUGUUUAGGUCCCCACAACAGUUGAUUGCCGCACCAAACCAUUCAUAUCCUUCAGUUUUGGUAGCCCAACCACCACCCUUGCAAAAUGCUGCUCCUUCAUCACAAGGUCAAUUUCACAUGCUUAGUAAUCCGCCAUCCCAGCAGUUCGUGCAGUCAACUGGAGGGAUCAUCACUCCAUAUGGUUAUGGUAGCAUCCCACCAUUACCGCCCGCACCCCAACUGCCAACUCAUGUUGGGGCUAUGGUGCCUUUGACACAUCAGACCCUGCAAAUAACUCCACAUCAACAAAUACCAAUAACACAGCAAGCCCCCGCACCUCCUACUUUCCGACCACUUCAACCACCAGGAAUGGUGUACUAUACUAAUCAUCAGCAUUCGAUACAUGCUACCCUGGGACGGGAGCUGGCAAAUGUUGGAAGCAAGACUAUCACAUCCCUGGGACGUGAAACUCUCUUGCCCAAUAUUUUAACUGAGUUACUGAUUCAGUCGACCGACCCUAAUGCGAACGGGGAUCUCAUGAACCAGGCACUGAUACCAUCACCCCCCAAAAAAGCAAAAAACAAAAGCAAUAGAAGAACAUGAUAAGAAUGAAAUAAACAAGUGUUUUGCCGGAAAACUUUUAAUAUAAUGUCCUUAUAAUUGGCCAAUCAAAUAAUUUAUCUAUUACAAUGCUCCUGCGCGUAAAGAUUGGUGAUCGUAAAAACCAUUCAAACUAGCUGGGCGUUUCUGUACCCAGUCCCCGAUUUUGCAAAGGAAAUUUAACUAAAGAAUUAGGAGUUUUUA